AUGCGUCGGAAGAAUCCACCUACACGGGACAGGAAUAAGCGCUCGAUAACAAAAAGGAAUACAAAUCAGGCGUAUAUCAUUUCAAGAAAGGCGGAGACCAUUCUUUCGAUGGUCCUGGCAGAUAUACUCGAGGAAUCGUUGGAGGAUGCAAGGAACUUAGCGGUGACCGCUGGCAAGAGCAGCGUGACCCGCGAAGAAAUGGAAAAGUCGCUGAGGAAUCUUUGUCUUCGUUUGAGUACGGUGCCGGCACACAGCGCGAGAAUCGGCUCCUGGAACGACGACGAGGACAAGAGUAACAAGGGUCCUGUCGGCUCGUCCAAGGUUGUUUCAGAAGGUUCACGGCAUCGCUGCUGUACCUCAUCACGCUGUCACGGGGACUGCAGUCACAAAAUAGUGACCAUCUAUCGCAAUCUACGUUUCCUUCGGUAA